CGGACCCCCAGCUACAGGUCCAGGACCACUACUGCUCUAUCACACUCGCACAUAGAAGGGUUACCAGUGAUGGCAAAAUAACCGUAACCACAGGAAAGGCUCUGGCAGCCCAGUACAGUACGAACUCCACACGUCUGCCAGGCAUGUUCAACAGGAGCCCUGUCAGCCAUGUGGGGAUACUUUGAGGUAAACGCGCGUGACGAGGCAGACGCGCUCCCGUCAUGAAGCCGCAGCGGAGGAGGCCAGGCCGGGUGGACGACGAUACGGUGCGGCAAGGCACAUCGAGUAAAGAGAAGUUUCCGCCGGAGCGGCUCGGGAUUUCCUGCCUCCUCAAGGAUUCUCUGGUUUCUGGACGAAAAGGAAAAAAAGGGGGAAACAGAGGAAAAGGAGUGGAGGAAGAGGAGCACCGGGGCGGUGGCCGAGAGGAAGAUCUGGGCUUGACCCUCCCAUACAUCAGGGGGUGUAGGAGGGUCUCGACCUAUGGCGUUUUGUGAAUACGAACGGCGCUCAAUGAACUAGUUUGCAAGUCAACCACAGAGGUGCACAUUUGCCCGCCUUUGAGGAGCUCUGACAUGGAUACCAGGCGUGCUGACUCUCAGCUCGGCGUGCGUGUGCGCCGGGCGUCACGUCAGGGCUGAAGCCCCGCCACCCUCCCUCCCAUGAGCCCGUGUGCCCGGAGACGCACACCCGGCGCCGCCACGCCACGCACGCACACCCGGCGCCCGAGCACGCACCCGGCAUCCCCCACCGCGCCAGUCCAGCCGAGCCCCGUCGGAGCCUGAAGGAUGUCGACGGAGAUGGAGCUCCAGCCGGCGGUCCGGCCCGGCAGCCUCAGGCGGGACUCCAGGAGGAAAGGGCAGGAUCGCAGCGAAGCGACUCUCAUCAGGCGCUUUAAGGGAGACGGCGUCCGCUACAAGGCUAAGCUCAUCGGCCUGGACGAGGUCACCGCGGCCCGCGGAGACAAACUCUGUCAGGACUCCAUGAUGAAGCUCAAGGGUAUCGCUGCUGCGGCGCGGUCCAAAGGCGAACACAAGCAGAAAGUCUUCCUGACUGUUUCUUUUGGCGGGAUCAAGAUCUUUGAUGAGAAGUCAGGGGUCCUGCAACACCAUCAUGCCGUCCACGAGAUCUCCUACAUCGCCAAGGACAUCACGGACCACAGAGCGUUUGGCUACGUCUGCGGGAAGGAAGGCAACCACCGCUUCGUGGCCAUCAAAACCGCACAGUCGGCUGAACCCGUGAUCCUGGACCUGCGGGACUUGUUCCAGCUCAUCUACGAGAUAAAGCAGCGCGAGGAGAUGGAGAAGAAGGCCCAGAAGGACAAACAGUGCGAGCAGGCCGUCUACCAGACGAUACUGGAGGAAGAUCUGGAGGACCCGGUCUACCAGUACAUUGUGUUUGAGGCCGGACACGAGCCCAUCCGCGACCAAUCAGACGAGAGCAUUUAUCAGGUUCCCACCAGCCAGCAGAAGGAAGGGGUCUAUGACGUCCCAAAGCGACACCCAAACGGGCAUCAAAGCACCUACCACCACCAACAACAUCAUCAUCAUCAUCAUCAACAACAUCAUCCUCAUUAUCACCCGCAACCCGCCCAGGCGGGACUAAGUGAGCUUCAGGAGCAACAUCAGCAGGCGGAUCUCAUAGACUUAGACCUGGAGACGGUUUCUCAGAAUAUCAACCAAUUAGAGCUUUUCGGAGACAUGUCCACACCUCCUGACAUAACUUCGCCGUCGACCCCGGCCUCACCCGCAAACACCCUGGAGCCGUCGCAGGGCCUGCAACCUCCCACGGAGCUGUUUUCCCCGUUCAACCCUGCGUCUGUGCCCUCAGGUUAUGUGACAAUGGGGGCGGUUCCCUCUGGACAUUGGUCCCAGCAGGCGUUCGCCGCCCAGACGCCGCUGGCCUUUGGGGUGCAGUCCCCUCUGGGCCCGAUGGCUCAGGUGCUGCCGGGCGGCCAGCCUCUCAUCUGGGGUCAGGCCAACAUCUUCCCCGCCACCCAACAGCAGUGGGCGGCCAUGGCGGCCGGAGCCUUCCCCCCCGCAGCCUACCUCCCCGCCCAGCCCGUGGGCACGCUGCCCAUGUUCCAGGCGCUCACCCCCGUCACCGCCGUGCCGGCGGCCGGCGAAACCCAUUCAGGUGCAGGCGCUCCGGCUCCUUCCGCGUCGUCGAGUCCGCAACAUGAGGAGCGGGCGAAGAAGAUGGGCAAGGAAAUGUUCAAGGACUUUCAGCUGGCAAAGCCGCCGGCGAUGCCGUCAAAGAAGGGCGAGCAACAGCCCAGCUUAGCGGGCACCUCAGAGGCAUUCAGCACUUACUUCAGCCGUGUCGGCACCGCCCAGGACACGGACGACUGCGACGACUUUGACAUCUCCCAGAUGAACCUGACGCCGGUCACCUCCACGACGCCCUCCACCAACUCUCCCCCCACACCGGCUCCCCAACAGAGCUCGCCCUCCAAAUCGUCCGCCUCGCAUGUCAGCGACCCCCCCACGGACGCUACCGACCCGCCCACCGACGACUCGUUCGGGGAAGCGGAGGGCAGCCCGAGCCGCAGCGGGGAGGAAGAUGCUAAGGAGAAGGACCCUCUGUACGCCCGCAUCAACAAAGGGAAGAAAUAAAGAGACACAGAAACAGCAAGGCGGCCCGGACCAGCACUUUGAAAACUGGAGGAGGGAGAGCCCCCACUUGUUUGUAUGUGCGUGAAUGUGUGUGUCGGAUCUUCCUGCCUCCUCUUUGCUCCUCGACUCCAGGCAGGACAGGCAUCCACACGAAUGGACUUUUCCUUCCCUUGUCUCCUGCUCUCCUCCCUCCUUACUCGGCUUCCUCCUCCAUCUUUGCCGUCUGUGUGGACUCUGUGGCGGAGGCCCGUCGUCGGUUUGACUCUGGUGCAGAAACAAACUCUCUGGGAGCUACUCACUCGCCAACCGCACACACGUACACACGCAUACUACACACGCAUACAUACGACUGACCCAACCCGUCUCCUUGCAGACUGAUUUAAAAGGAUCGGAUUAACGUGGAAGGGACAAAGAGUUCAUUCUCUACAUAGCUUUUUGUACAUUACUAAUGACAGGAAGAAGAAACAAUGAAGAAAAGAGCCAACUGAAGGGAAAAAUGAUGUUGUUUUUUUUUCUUUCUUUUAUAAUUCAAUUGAGCCGCAAUGAGGAGUUCAGCUCGGUAGGGGGCGAUGUAGAGUGGCUUUAAAAGCCUUCUGGAUCACGGGGUUUGCCAUUUUGUAAAUAAACAUGACCCAGGGUCACCACCACUGACCCCACCGCGUCAGACCUCUGCGCCAUCAAAUAGGGACAUCAAAUAGGGAGGCUUCGAGUUAUGCAAAUCUUUGAACCCAAGCAAUAGCCACAAGCGUUUCCUGCCCUUUCGGUCCGAUCCUCGCCACCGCAGUGAGCCUCACGUUCCCUUUUACAGCUCCGUCUGACUCAUCCCCCUGCCCACUUUUAGAAAACAGUAGUACCUUGAUUUACGACAGCACCGGCCUACUUUAUUUUUUUUUCAAGUUACGAGCUUUGCUGUGUUGCCAAAAUUAGAGGUUACGAUCAAGAGUCAUUUACAGCGCCACUAGAUGGCAGGAGUGAAAAAUAACAUAUCCCCAGCGUCCUGCGUCUCACUCCAGCGAGCUCAGUCACAGAAUAAAUUCAACUCGAAAGUCAAGGCACCACACUACAGUGGAACCUCUAAGGGAGAAUUUCAAACAAAAUAAUUAAGAGUGUGUGUCAUUGGCUUUUGCCCAAAAGCCACAUCAGGGCUGCCACACAUGAAAAAUGUGAUGAUAGCGUGGUAUGGGGGUCUCUGUCCUGGCUGCUCAGUACAAUAUGGUGACUUCAAUAAUAGGUCUGUUGUCAAUAUGAUUAAUAAAAUUAGUUUUUUAACAUUUAAGUUGUUUUUAACAUUUUGCAGUUAAAACUUCACAGUUAACAUGGAUAUUUGACUUCCAAAGCCGUCAAUGGCAGCGAAUGUGUUUUUUAACUUCUAUUUACAUUUCCAUGAAAGUUAAGGCCAUUUUGGCAGUGGCACCAUGCCUGAAAAUUCACUAAUAUUUAUAAUUGCAUGUAUCCUGGUGUCCUGGUGGUCUCAAGGACCAAUGCUCUAAAUUGAACAGAAAGUCCGCCAUUAUGGUUGGAAGCAGCCAAUUGUCACUCAGUAACGCCCCCUGGAAAGUUGGAAAAAAUUUGCCCCUGACACCAGUUUCACCUAAGGACACGAAAUUCGGUGGAUGUGUCUAUCAUAACAGGAUACACGAAAAAGUCUUUAGGACCAAGACAGGAAAUUGAACAUGAAGUCAGCCAUUUUGGUUUGAAGCAGCCAUUUCGGGCAAAUUCCAGGGCUUGUGCUUGAACGAAAUCCUCCCAAGGAAUUCGCCCAAAUGUGCCCCAAUCGGAAACAGGUAUACCAGACGGACGGACAAUGCUAAAUUGCCAAGCUUUUCUAACUUACGCCAUAUAAUGUUGAUGAAGAAUGGUGUCAAAAUUUGAUGAGGAUUUCAAAGCUUUGCCAUAAAAAGUGGGUGCGAGGGUCUGUAGUCUUUAUUUCUAUUUCCUUUGUUUCCAUUGGUUACCCAACAUCCAUCUUUAGAGGUAGCACUGUAUUCUAGUCCACACACCAUAUGAUGGUCUUCAUCCAACAACUCCCUGUUUCACGGCUGUUUGGGACCCAGACGAUGACGAUGAUGAUUAACAUGCUGUCCUAGAAGCGCGAGCAAAGAUUUACACACACAAAAGAAAGCAGGAACAUUUCUAGAUUUUACCUCAACUAACAAGUUUCUUAAUGUAAAUUGACAUUAUUUUUAUCUUCAUAAAUAUAUAACAUUAUACACUGGGGUUUUUAGCUGAUUUAACUUUUUUGUUUGUUUUUUUUUAGGUUUGGAUUCGCUCUUAAUUUCCAUAUACCAACCAUGUAUUACUGUUCCAAAUAAACACAUCUCAAUUACA